UUUGCUCUUUUAUUAUGCCCGCAAUUAGGUUAUGGAGAGAGUUACAAUAAUUCUGCUACUAGCUUUUACUUUGGAUUAAUGAGAUACAGUGGAUAUCUUACAAUUUCGACUUUGUCUCCUCUCAACGUCACAUAUAACAUCACUAUUGAUUCGUUCAAUUAUACUCGAAAUGGAACAGUAACAAAGAAUAGCCCAGAUCCAUAUGUAUAUCUUUCUUCAAGCUUCUAUACAAGUUCUAGUUCUUUUGCAGAUCGAUUUAAGGGGAUUCAUUUGACAAGUGAUCAACCGAUAAGUGUGUCACAUUUUAGUUAUUUCUAUGAGUAUCUCAUUUUACCAUAUCAUGAGUACCCAGGAGUCAGUCAGUAUGAAUAUUAUGCUGUUUCUACUAGUAGUUACCGUAACACAUCUCUUAGUCAAGUUCUUCUUGUUGGUUGUAUUAAUAAUACUGUCAUUAGUAUUAUACCAACAGUUGAUCUCUUCAUUCCUAUUGAUGUACAGAAGAAUGGGAGUGAUGAUAUAUUAGUAACUAAAGGUAACUCUCAUACUAUUACACUACAUGAGGGACAGACUCUAUUGCUGGGUAAAGGGAAUGGAAGUGAUAUAUCAGGAACACACUUUAUUUCUAAUAAACCACUGACUGUUAUUACUGGUCACCAGUGUGGCAGUACUCCUGAUAUGAUAGAAAUGCCUUCUUGUCAUGAGAUGCAGUUACAAGUUUCUCCAACAAUAACUUGGG